AUGUCUCUUAACACCUCCUUAUACACCAUCUCGGCGGUAUUGAUACUAGAUAACGAGGGUAGCAGAUUGUACGCCAACUACUACCAGAACAAACCCCAAGCACAUCAAAAGGACACCACCCAUGUCAUAAACAGCGAGUUCCAGACCACGGCACAACAAUUGAAGUUUGAAAAGUCGGUCUUCCCAAAGAUAAAUAAGGUCCACCAGGACAUCGUGUUGUACGACAACCACUUGAUCACCUACAAGCAGACCAACGACGUGAUUUUGAUCGUGGUGUCCAAGAUCAACGAAAACGAAUCAUUGAUAUACUCGGUGGUGGCCAACUUGUUUGAAAGCUUGAACAUCUUGUUGUCCAACACCGUGGACAAGAGCACCAUUUUGAGCAAGUAUGACUUGGUCACCUUGGCUGUGGACGAGACCGUGGACGACGGUGUGUUGAUCGAAAUCGAUCCUGCCAUCAUUGUCAGCAGAGUCACCAAGGCCCCCGAAGCCAACGUUAAGAUCGAGGUCAACAGCAACACCCUCUUCAAUGCAUUCAAGAUUGCCCAGAGAAUCGGUGACAAGUUACAACAAGGGUUGUGA